CCAGAGAAUUACUUAGUAACUGGCAGUGAAUAUUAGAAGAGCUGUAUAGGCAGCAUUGUUGUGAAGAAUAUGUGUGUUAUUGACCAACAAUUGGAAUUAUAUCUACCGUUUUGGAAAAUAAUAGGAUUUUUUAUUUUUAGUAAUGGAUGUCAGAUGGCAUUAGUGGGUGAGGAGGAACUGCUGUGCUUUUCAUUUCGGUGGUUUGUUGUCAUUACGGCAGGUUUACCUUUCACUGCUUUAUUUCUUUGCAUAUUAUUAGCAUUAGCAUUACAUCUGGAUGAAUCUACUCGAACUCAUUGCGGUGUUGUAAAUUAUUUACCGUCUAUAUCGGCUGCUGUUGCAUCUUUCUCACCAGAGCGCUAUAUUUGGAGGUUUUCCAUUGCUUUACAUUCAGCACCUCGUAUUGUGGCGGCUUUGGCAUUUAAGAAUCUAUUGUUAACGUCUCCGCUGCGACCGUUAAGUGAUCGUAUAUGGUUCGAAUUAGCCUGUCAAAUAGCAUGCUUUGUAAAUAUCGCGGAAUGUUUAUUUCUUCUUUUGUUAACUACCGCUUCAUCUACCGAAAAUUAUGUUAUGCAUAAAGUAUCAUUUCUCGGAUUUGCUCUCUGUUCAACAAUAUAUAUGCUUAUUGCAACGAGUCUGUUUCAGUAUUCUGGUAGACGUCGUACAUCUUCAGUAGGCGAGAAAUCAUUCCAAUACAAGGUCCUUAUGUGUUCAACAUCAGCGUUAUCACUUUUUCUCGCCGUAUAUUUUUUCGAACGCCAUAAUACAUACUGUGAGCCUGGGAUAUAUACAUUGUUUGCUAUUUCUGAAUAUGCUGUCGUAUUAUCUAAUAUACUUUUCCACUGCACCUUACUUUUUGAUUUUCACGGGAAAUAUUUUAUUUUAACUUCAUCUGGUCCAAACUUUUAUUAUCAACCUGUUUUACCAGAAUUUAACGCUAGCAAACGUUCCGCCUGA